UCCAAUAGUUGUAUCUCAGAGAAAUACUCAGUUAAAAACAAACACUGCCAUUAAGAGAUUUUAUGAUCCACGUUAUUCUUUGUUUUAUUUCAAGUGACAAUCUUUUGCUGUGGUUUUAGUUAAUAACAGUCAUCAGCUGUAAUCAUGAAUGAAGAUCUUCACCUCUCGGGGCGUGUCCUCGUGACGCUCAUGAAUAUGUAAUCAGGGCGACGCGUCACAGCGGCCAAUCAGACGUGAGCGUGCUGGAGUCCCGCGCGGAGUUUUCUCGGACUUCUUCUCCUCUCUGGAGCGAAUGAAGACCGGACUCUGAGGGACAUGGAGGCGUUCGCCAUCAAGAGCCGCCUCAGGAGCCUCCUGCGCUCGCCGUCCAUCAAACUCAGGAAGAACCGCCAUAAAGAGAGUCUCUCCGGAAAGGUGACUCUAGAGAAGGUUCUGGGCAUCACGACCGCAGGAAACAGUGGUUUAACAUGUGAUCCGUGUUCAGGAACCGUGGCCUAUCCGGCCGGGUGUGUGGUUGUGUUACUGAACCCGGCCAAAAACACACAGCAGCAUCUCAUCAACUCGUCCAGGAAGGCCAUCAGUGCUCUGGCGUUCUCGUCGGACGGCCGGUAUCUGGUCACUGGAGAGAGCGGUCACCAGGCGGCGGUGUGUGUGUGGGACGUGAGCGAGGGCUCUCUGGUCUCGGAGCUGAUGGAGCACAAGUACGGCGUGUCCUGUGUGGCCUUCUCCCCGAACGACAAACACAUCGUGAGCGUCGGGUCGCAGCAUGACAUGAGCGUCCAUCUGUGGGCCUGGAAGAAGAACGCUCUGAUAGCCGUGAAUAAAGUGUCCAGUAAAGUGACGUCCGUGUCCUUCUCCGAGGACGGCAAUCAUUUUGUGACGGCGGGGAACAGACACGUGCGCUUCUGGUAUCUAGAACCGUCUCACGCCGAUCAGCGGGCGUGUCCGGUGCCUCUGACGGGUCGCUCCGGGCUCCUCGGGGAGCUGCACAAUAACUUCUUCUGUGCCGUGGCGUGUGGACGGGGAUCGAGGUCCAGCAGCACCUUCUGCGUCACGGCGUCCGGACUGCUCUGUGAGUUCAACAGACACCGGGUCCUGGACCGCUGGGUCCAUCUACAGACGGGUUCUGCUCACUCUCUGGCCGUGACGGAGGACCUGAUCUUCUGCGCGUGUUCGAGUGGAGUCGUGCGAGUGUUUGGAGCGUCUGACCUGAGCUUCAUCUGCACCCUGCCCCGUCCUCAUCACCUGGGCACCGACGUCUCCAGCGUCACACACGCCGGUCAUCUGUUCAGCAGAAGCCUGCACGCCCGAUACCCAGCCUCGGUGGCGGUGACCUUUGACCCCGUCCACCGCUGGCUGUCCUGUGUGUAUGAUGACCACAGCUUAUACGUGUGGGACACACGAGACCUGUGCAAAGUGGGCAAAGUUCACUCGGCGCUGUAUCACUCGGCCGGUGUCUGGGAUCUACAGCAUGUUUGUGAUCUGCUCAAACUCCAGACGUGUUCUAGGAGCAGCGAGGGCUCUGCUUCGUUCCUCACGUGUUCUUCAGACGGCUCCGUGCGUUUCUGGACUUCAGACGGUCUUCGCUGCAGGAACGUCUUGAGUAACGAUCUUCAUCACAUCUUCUACGUGAACGCCAGUGCUCUGCCGGAGACGGAGGGAACGGCCGAGGGAUCUAGCUCAAUCAGAACCAUCUGCAUCAGUCCAGACGGGAGACACCUGGCGUCUGGAGACAGAAACGGCACACUCAGGAUUCAUGAUCUCAAGUGUAUGAAGGAGCUGCUGAAGGCAGAAGUCCAUAACUCUGAGAUUGUGUGUCUGGAAUACUCCAAACCUGCGUCAGGCAUGAAUCUGCUGGUCACUGCGGGUCGAGAUCGUCUGAUCCGUGUUCUGGAUGCUGAUGAAGACUACGGUCUGCUGCAGACGCUGGAUGAUCACUCGUCCUCCGUCACGUCCGUGCGCUUCGCCGCCGGAGGAGACGGGAAGCUGCGGAUCAUCAGCUGCGGAGCGGAUAAGAGCGUUUACAUCCACACCGCUCUCAGGACGGCCAGAGGAGCUGAGUUCAAGCGGACUCAUCAUGUGGUUCGUAAAGCGACUCCCAACGACAUGGACGUGGAUCCCACGUGUAAAUACGCGGCCGUCGGCUGUCAGGACCACAGCAUCCGAGUCUUCAACAUCAGCAGCGGCAAACAGAAGAGAUGCUUCAGCGGCGCUCGGACCGAAGACGGAGCUUUUCUGAAGGUUCAGAUUGACCCGUCAGGUCUGUUUGUAGCCUCCAGCUGCUCUGAGAAGAACAUCAGUCUGAUUGACCUCCAGACCGGAGAGAGACUGGCCAGCGCCUUCGGACACUCGGAGCUCAUCACAGCUUUGAGGUUCAGCAGUGACUGCAGGCACCUUCUCUCCUCUUCUGCUGACAGUUGUAUCUUUGUGUGGCGUCUCGCUCCUGAACUCACCAUCAACAUGAAGGAGAGACUUUCUGUGAUCAGACACAGUCGCGGCGCAUCAAGCGCUAGGAAUCCCUUCAGACGGUCCUCCGUGACUGGGUUCAUGCUGCACAGAUCCACAUCCAUCAUGAGCUGCUCGUCUGAGAGUGACCGAGAGGAAGAGGAGGAGGAGGAAGAGGAGGAAGACAUGAGGACAGCUGAAGAGACGGAGAGACCGGAGGACAUCCACCAGAGGACCGAGGACAGCGUUGAUGAGGAGACCGGUGGAUCUGAUGAAAUGCACUGGCGUCCAGUGAAGGCUGCGUCUUCAGACUCGUCUUCUUCUGCGGUGGUGUCUCGUCCUCGCCGGCGCUGGUCCUGUCGCGUGGGCUCUCUGGAGCUCAUGGUGAAGUCCAUGCUGGAGCUCAGACAGCUGGAUUCUCUCUCAGAAGCUCCAGAUCAGAGCAGAAGCUGCGCAGACCGUCUGCGUGACGAGGAUCGAUGCAGCACUUCCAGUCUGCAGGAUUGUCGUCUCCGUCGUCCUCGUCGCUCGGCCUGGCUGCUCCCGGCCGGCGCUCCUGAACCCGAGGGAGUGCUUCUGUACCCGGAUCACUGUCCCAGCACCAGCAGUCUGCCCGGGACGUCCUACCAGAUACAGACUCGGUCUGAGAGCCUCAAGGAGAGAGCAGAAGAAGCCCAGAGUCCUGUCAGCGGAGCAUCCAUGGGCUACUGCAGCGGAGGAUCCAGCCCAGACCCCCGGCACCUCGACACGGGCUCUGAUGAAGAAUCCUGUGACACACGGUCCAUCUGUGGUUCUGAGAGUGUUCCUGAAGACGUCUGGAGGAGCUCGGAGACGCUGAGCGAUGCAGGGUCUCAGACCACAGCAGAAGGAAGUUUCUCUUCAGGUUUGCACGGCCAGAAGUUCUCUAGCAGAUCAGUCAGCGGCCCCGGGCCCCUGAGGAGCCACCCGUACCUGAGCAGCUCUGCGGCUGGGCUCCAGAAGUCAGCUUCAGCACACAGCCGGAGCCACGAGCGCAGGUCCCUGGCGCGUCCGGUCCGGUCCAGACUGAGUCUGGAGAAGGUGGAGAGCCGCUCCUACAUGAGUCCCACCACCAGCUCCAAGGCCAAAGCCAGCCGUCCCUGUGAGAGCCUGAGCGUCCUGACCAGCAGACCCCCCCGCACGCCGCCUCAGGAGCCCUGGACCGACCCCAGCUCUUCAUCAUCAUCAUCAUCCUCCUCCUCGGCGAUGAAGACGCCUGCCGCUCCUGAUGAUGAAGGUGUGAAGCGCCGGCGCUCUUCCUCCGUCCUGCUGCUGUCUGUGCCACUGCUUCUUCCUCUUCCUCACUCGUCUGGUCUCCUUCCUCUCUGCUUCUCUCCCUUCUUCUCUCUCUCCUUCGGCCGGCGGCGUGACUCGGAUGGGUCGGUCAGUCUGGAGCUCUGCCGGCGGGCAGCAGAGGACCUGUGCAGCAGCGUGAGGUCAGCGACCCGGAUCUACAGGACGCUGAGCUCCCAUGAUGCCGAGCGCAGCGCCGAGCAGCAGCAGAUGUGUCAGCUGAUGUCCGAGGCUCUGCUGCUGGUGCGCUCGGAGCUGGACUCGGUGUCCGGACCCCAGAGGAGAGAAGAGGGACACGAGACGCUCGCUUUACUCGAGCAGUACUCACAACUACUGCUGCGCUCCGUCGAGAAGAGACUCCACCAGAACACAUAGAGCUACCACACCGCUGAGAGAGAGUGUGUGUGUGUGUGUGUGUGUGAGAGUGUGUGUGUGUGUGUGUGUGUGUGUGUGAGAGAGAGAGUGUGUGUGUGUGUGUGUGUGUGUGUGUGUGUGUGUG